CUCAACUUUCGUUUUGUCGGAGUGAACCAAGAUAAACAGAAAACAGUCGCCCAGGAUAUACUAGCUCUCCAAGGAAGCCUCUCAAUCUCCCAUACAUGUAGCUUCCACUUGGGAGUGGUCAACGACACCAAAUAGGAAGGCGUAAUAAAACAUAUCCGGGUCUCAACCUAGCAACCUCUCACUCUCAGAGCGGACAUCUUCCACUAGAUUAAAAGGAAAGUCCUGCUAGCUUGAGCUGGUAAGAAUCAGACAUCGAUAUGGCAGAUGAUGAGUGGAAACAAGACAUUAGGAAAAAUUGGACUGUAAUUAUCAAGAAUUUGGCUAAUCCUGACGAGCUGUUAGAGUAUUUACAUCACAACAUCACACCUCCACUCCUUAAUGAAGAACAAAUGAGGAAAAUAAAGAGUAUGACUUCAAAGAAAGAGAAGACCCGAAAGUUGAUGAGCACACUAAUGUAUGGAGAUGACAGGGUCCUACCAGCGUUUGUACAAGCCCUACGAGCCACUAAGAACGAAGCUUUAGCUGACAAGUUGGGACAAUGUGAAAACAAACUGACACAAGAAAGAAGACAAAAAUUACAUCUUGGCCCAAAGGUGUGGCCUCCUAGUAUUGAUGAACUGGAACAGAUGCAUGAAGCUAAUGCUGAGCAGUGUGAUAUGGCUGAUGUAUUGAGGGGAGAGUAUACACAUCAGGAAGAGGUCUACACUAUGACUGCUGAAAGAAGAGGCCUUGCUGUUAUCAUCAACAAUACUAAGUUUAAAGACCCUACAAAAGACCGAAUAGGUUCCGACGAAGACCGGGACAAGUUGUCACGGGUCCUUUGUCAGCUUCACUUUGACAUUCGGAUCUACAAUAAUGUGACUGGUGCUGACAUACUGAGGAUUGCAGAGGAGAGUAGCCAUUGGGGACACCACCAGGAGAGUGACUGUUUUAUCUUUGUGGUGCUCAGUCAUGGCUCAUCUGAAGGAGUACAUGGAACGGACAAUGGUAUUGCACAUUUUGACGAGAUUGAGGCAAAUUUUAAUAGUAACAACUGUCCACAUCUGACAGGGAAACCGAAGGUGUUCCUUUUUCAGGCAUGCAGGAUAACGAAAGGAACGAAGGAUGAGAAAAACCAAUCCGGGACACAAGAGUUUGACUCCAUGGAACCAAGUUCAGAGCCAGAAGCAUCAAAUGAAGCUGAUUAUGAUGAUGAUGAUGUUGACACGGAUAUAGACAAAGCAUUUGAAAAUUUGCCAGAUGAUUGUGACCAAGUACAGGAAGACAGUAGCAUGGAUGAGGAACCGGGAAAACAGAUUCCAAGGAGCCAUGUAUCUUCAGAUUUCUUUAUUGCUUAUGCAACUCCUGAAGGAUUCCGGGCCUACCGACAGGAAAAAAGAGGGAGCUGGUUCAUCCAAGCCAUUGUUUGGGUUCUUAAGUACAACGCCCACAAAGACCAUUUGCUGAACUUAAUAACAAAGGUCAAUAACUAUGUAUCAACUGCUAUGUAUGGAAGACAUAAAGGGGUACAGGUGUCAGAGAUGCGUGGUUCACCACAGAAGAGGCUCUAUUUCUUCCCAGGAAUUUACAACGAUCCUCCAGAGAAAAAUGACUACACUGGGAAAUGCAUUAACUAUUGAUAAAGAAGAUCAAAUAUAUACUGUUGAUAUUAACACUGACUACAGGCUACAUCAACAGAUGGCAGGGUAUUUAAACGCUCUUCGUCUGGUCAGUGGACCAUCUUCCAUCUUACGUUGGUAAACUAUUCUUGUUACUGCUACUACAUGAGAAGUAUUAGGUGGAUUGUUCUCAUAAUUCAUAUGUAUUUGGAUUUUGAGCUUGAUCCAGCAAAACAAAAUGGCAGAUAAGUGAACUAGCUUAGCCUUUCUAAUUCACAGAAAAUUCAUUUUAAAUCUUUCUUAGAUUUCGGAUGUAGGUUCCAAUCGUUACAAAUCGUUAAAGUAGAGAAAAGAUUAUAGAUCCAAUCCAGAUCUUUCAAUGAUCACUACCACGAAUCUUGUUUAUAUUGUGAAUGCCUGAAGAACUAAAAUAAACUUGAGAGGCUGGAAUAUUUCCUACACAGGUAAACUUACAAGAAAACUUUAAUUCCAUUUUAAAUGAUAGUUUAUGAAUCAGGAGUUUUGUCAAACAGAUGUGAUUUGAACCAUUGUUGUCGAUAUUUGUAUUCAAAUAUAUCCUAAAUAAGUACCAGUAUAGUUAGCUCACCAGCCUGAUGGGCAAGUCUCAACUUAUGCCAUGGUGCAGCAUCUGCUGUCUGUCAUCAUUCCUGUGUCAACUUCUCCUUUGAAUGAAUUCUUUUCAUGAAGGCCUAGUAUUACAUUGAUAUUGGGCUGUUACAUUACUCCGAUAAAGGUCCAAAUGUUUGCAAAUAGGAAUAACCUUGACCCAUACUCAAGGUUACAUUAGUCAACUUUGUUAAAACACUCAAACUACAUAGUACAUGUAUGUAUUUAUUUUGAUUAACUGAAAGGUAGAGAAUCAUCAAAGCAGUGAAUACAGGUGAGAAAUACAGGCCCAUUGGACCUUUUGUUAAAAAAAUCAUUCACUUUUGGAUUGCUGUAUAUAGAAUAAUGAAGCCCCUAAAAAGAUUUUUUUUUCCUUUUAUUUACAUAGUAGCUUAAGGUAAAUAUGAUUUUGAAAUAUAUAAAGAGAAUACAGUAUAUAUUUUAUUAUGAACGUAUAUAUGAUUAAAUAGUUGUAUAACACUUGUUUACAUGUAUUGUUUGUAAGAGUUUCCACUGAAGUCUUGUGUAGUUUUUGUACAUAAUAGGGGAUACUUCCCUAUCACUCACUUCAUUUUAAUCUACAGUACCUUUAUUCUCAUGUUAUCACAUAAUAUAUAUCCGGGAGAGGUCUGCCACAAUACAAAAAAAAUGGUCAUGUAUCAUGCUAAAUACCGUAAAUGAAAGACAGAAUAUACUUAGUAUGAAAUCGGGAGAUUUCAUGUUUCAUUGUCUCUUUAGCUUGGUUCAUUUGUUGAUCACAAUUUCGUCUGGAGCAAUGUUGGAACUCAAUGUUGUACAGACAGACGGUCUAACAUACUUGGAGUGUGCACACUGGAGUACUGAGCUCUUCUGUAUGGAUGUAAUAAUGAUAAAUUUAUAAUAAUAUUUAUUCAGGUAAAGCAUACACAGUACAAUAGAAUCACAUAUAUGUUAUACAAUAUUUACAUCAUUUCCAUAUUCUUAAUUUCAUAAUAGAUAAAAAUGAUGAGUGAUUAAUGAAUAGUAUCACAAAUAUUGUUGAAAUAUCACAGUUGACAUAAGUAUCAUGUUAUAUAUUGCACAUUAUUGUUAUAGAGUAAAUUUGCUUUACCUAGGAUUGCCCAUGAAAGCCGAUGUACAGCUUAUUUCCAAUGGGGUCCUCGAGUAAAAGAAUUUUUAUCAUUAUAAUUAUUUAUUUAUCAUAUUAAAAAUUUGUCAAAAUGUAUAGCCAUUAAAAGUGUAGGUAUGAAAUACACUUUUUUAGAAAAAAUAUCAAUUUGAUAAAAGUAGUGCAGGCCAAGUUUUUCAAGGGAUGGGGAUACCCUACCAGCGAGAUCUGCUCAACCUGCACACUGUGUACUCAAUCACAGAAAUCAUGGUGGUAAAUUAAAAUUAUUAGAUGUUACAAGGGUCAUCAUGGAUAACACAGCAUGUAAUUGCCAGAUAGUAUUAGGCAAUAUCCUUAUAUGAUGAUAUAAAUGAAUAAAACCACAAUAAAACCAAUACAGACACCUAGCGGUUGGGCCAAUCCCUACCAGCCAGCUAUCUGCACAAGAUAGAAAAAUGACAUACAGGUUACUUAAUAAAACAUAAUAAUAAAUAUAAAAUUAAAUGUUACAUGUAAUGCUCAAUAAUAAACAAAGAGAUCAUCAGAUUCCAUUUUUGCUUGUGAUGCCAGAUGUUUUUUGACACUGAGUUUGAAUUUGUGCUUUUUAAAGUUUUUGAUAUGAUCCGGUAAGGUGUUCCAAUCUUUGGUGACCGAAAAGAAAAAAAGUUGAUGUUUCUGUCCCUUUGGUGUUUCUAAUGCAAAAGUUCGAAUGUCCGGAUCAGGUACUAUAUGCUUUGUUAGUUUUUGUGAAAAAUUCAUGCAUAUACUGAGGGCAUUUUUUAUUAAAGAUAUUUUAUACAAACAA